AAUUUUCAUUUUUUUGACCUUACCAAAAUCCCAAUAUUCUCCAUUUGACCAAAUUAUCCACAAUCACAAUAUUUAAACCUCAAAAAUUUGGGAAUAACAGAAAUCAACACAGUAACCAAAACCGCUGCAACAACACACAUCAUCACCACCUUCUACUUCUCUCUCUCGUUCCGCUUUCUCCAAUUCAAUGAACUCCACCACUUUCUCCAAUUCCAGAGCCUCUUCCCAUGCAAUCCCUCUCCCACACCGUUAUCGUCUUCAAUCCCCUCGUUUUCCUCUCCAUCUCCCGUUUAAGCGGUUCGGAUUAAAUAAGAAUCGCUUAAUUGCUAGUUGUGCUUCUGAGUCUGAUGAUUCCGCUUCGGUUAACGGAAUUCAGUUUACACCUAAUAAGCUUUUCGUUCAGGAGGCUAUUGGAGCUGAAUAUGGGGAAGGAUUUGAAACUUUUAGGGCUGAUGGACCGUUAAAAGUUGAUGUGGAUUACUUGAAUGAUAAUUUACAAGAAGGUAUUCUUCAACGGAUUCGCUAUGCUGUUAAGCCGGAUGAGGCUUACGGUCUAAUCUUCUGUUGGGACAAUGUGGUGGCUGAUACUCGAGCUCUAAAGAGGAAGACAUGGGAGCAGUUGGCGUUUGAAGAGGGAAAGGAUAUUCCUAAAGCUAAAGAAAUUGAAAGGUUAAUGCUUCGCACAGGUGUUGAUCAUGUACUGAAUAGGUAUUUUCUCUCUGAUAAAGAAGAAAAUGAGCUGGAUAGACUAAAGUUGAGAUUUUCUCAAAUAUUUUAUGAUAAUCUUCUGAAACUUGAAAGACCAAAGGAGGGUUUGAAAGACUGGUUGGAAGCAGUUUAUAAUGCUCGCAUCCCCUGUGCUGUUGUUUCAAGUCUUGAUAGAAAAAAUGUGGUAGAAGCUUUGGAAAGAAUGGGGCUCAAUAAGUACUUUCAGGCAAUUGUGACAGAGGAAGAUGGAAUGGAAUCAAUAGCUCAUAGAUUUCUCUCUGCCGCGGUUAAGCUUGAUCGGAAACCUUCCAAGUGUGUAGUUUUUGAAGAUGAUCCUCGAGGAGUAACUGCUGCGCACAAUUGCACUAUGAUGGCUAUAGCAUUGAUUGGAGGCUAUCCCGCGUAUGAUUUGGGGCAAGCUGAUCUUGCUAUUGCCAACUUCAGUGAUCUUUCAGUAAUCAACUUGAGAAGACUAUUUGCUAACAAGGGCUCUACAUUUAUGGAUAGGCAGAAGCAGCAGAUAGUAGAUCAAAAUCCUCCGAAAAGGACACUUGGAAUAGACACCAUUUUCUGAUAUAUUCAUCUUCCCAUUCUUUUUGCUCCCCUCUGAUAAUCUUCCCUGUAAUUAAAUCAUUAUGCAGUCUAAUAUUUUAUUAUCAAAUAAAUAUUGCAAUCAGUUUGAUCUGAUCUAA